UUUUCUCCUCUGCCCCUCUCUGAUUCUUUCCUUGGUAAGAAUCCAAUCCCCUUUGCCUUCCCCUUCCUCUCUCUUUCUCUGCAAUUUUUUUUUUCUUUUCGUGUGGUGGUUCUGCGCAACGAAGCCUCUGAGACUGGUCUUGUUAGUUAUUUUGAUAUGGGUUUCGAAGAUGUAAUGCUGGUGGCACUCGAUUAGGAGUAAUUUUUUGUGGGUCAUGGUUCGUUUGCGUCUGUGAUUAGAGCUAGUAUUGGAGUCUGAGGUGUUGUGUGUGUGUUUCGAGAAUAAGGGUGGUGUUCUAUCUAUCUUUUCGGAGGGUGGUCUGGUCCUUCUCCCCCUUCUGGGAGGAAGGAUUUGAGUGUCGCUCUCUGACGGUGUUAUAGUGCGUUUGGUGUUCGAUUCGUGGGUUCUUCCUUUGACGUGGAGGGUUUCUUCUUUACCUUUCGUUUGAAGGGGGAAGGGAUUUCUGCAAUUUCUUCAUGAUUGUGUGGUGCGUCCAUUUUUAGGUUGUUUGUUGGGUCUGUGGAGAAAGGUUUGGUUUUUGGGUGUGUAUGUGUUUUUUUUUUUCCAUGGAAGAAUCGUGGCUGCAUUCUUGAAAUCCUGGAGUUCUAAAGUUUGAUUUGGAGCAGCUUUGUUAUUGCGGUUGUGUAGAUACGGCUUAGGGUUCAGUUCGUCUGGUUUCUGCUACGCAGUCCGCAAAGAUGUCGAGCUCUGCCGGCGUUCUCAGGCCAAUCGACGACGAUCUGACCCGUCUUGAUGGGUUCAUCCGCCGGAAGGAUCGACUAUUGCCAGACGAGUCGAUCCUCAUUUACCUUACCCUGCCUGAUUCCGUCGUCCCAAUGCGGGUGAUGGAGUCCGAUUCGAUUGCCUCGGUGAAGCUCAAGAUCCAGAUGCUCCAGGGGUUCCUAAAGAACAAGCAGAUGUUGGUUCAUCGUGGCAGAGAGUUGGCGAGAGACGAUUGUUUGAUCAAGGAAUAUGGAGUAUCGGACGGCAAUGUGCUUCACCUGAUCAUCCGAUUGUCCGAUCUCCAGUCAAUCACGGUGAAGACGGUCUCGGGGAAGGAGUUUGAGUUUCAAGUCGAACGGUUCAGAAACAUAAGGUAUCUCAAGCAGCAGAUCGCCCGAAAAGGGAAGGGCUUUGUGGAUCUUAGAGAACAGGGGCUCAUCUGUAACGGUGAGGAGCUAGACGAUCUUAUCCUUGUCAAUGAUAUCUGUAAAGAUGGGGAGGCUCUGGUCCACUUGAUUGUUCAGAAAAAUGUCAAAAUUCGAGGCAAGACAGUGGAGACAGACUAUGAAUUGUCGAUUUUCGCGUUGAAUUUGAGUGAGAAACCACUUACUGAAGGCGGGGAUCAACGAGAAGUAAUCAAUAAAUCUGAGCCGCAGGCGAUAACUGGGAAUGUAGUUGAUAGAGAUAAUUGGUUGGAACCUAUCACUGUGAACCCUGAGGCUGCUUUAGGUGGUGUUCUCAAUGACCUCGUUGAAUCCACGGUCGCCGGAUUGGCCAAUGGUUACUCGCCGAUCAGGUCUUCAGAGGGCACCGGCGGCACCUAUUUCAUGCGGGAUUCGUCGGGGAAUGGAUACGCUGCUGUUUUCAAACCAAUAGACGAAGAGCCUAAGGCUGUCAACAAUCCUAGAGGUCUCCCAAUGUCUUUGGACGGAGAGGGGUUGAAGAGAGGGACCAGAGUUGGUGAAGGCGCAUUCAGAGAGGUUGCAGCUUUCAUUUUGGAUCAUCCAAAAGGCAAGAGGCGACUGCUUUUCGAAAACGAAAUGGGCUUUUCCGGCGUGCCCCCGACGAUGAUGGUCAGGUGCUUGCAUGGAGGUUUCAAUCAUCCAGAAGGAUUUGACCGAUCACUGAAGAAUGUGAAGGUUGGCUCCUUGCAGAUGUUUGUGAAGAACUAUGGCAGCUGCGAAGAUAUGGGACCGGAAGCCUUUCCUGUUGAAGAGGUUCAUAAAAUCUCCGUCUUGGACUUAAGGUUGGCGAAUGCCGAUCGGCAUGCCGGAAAUGUUUUGGUCUGCAAAGAUGAGGGCAAGACUGUUCUGAUUCCUAUAGACCAUGGGUACUGCUUGCCUGAAAAUUUUGAAGAUUGCACUUUCGACUGGCUUUACUGGCCACAAGCUCGCAAACCUUACAGUGCUGAAACAGUUGACUACAUUAUGUCAAUGGAUGCUGAGUUAGAUAUUGCGCUUCUAAAGUUCCAUGGUUGGAAAUUAUCGCACGCUUGUGCCCGCACACUUCGGAUUUCCACCAUGCUUCUGAAGAAGGGUGCACAGCGUGGGAUGACCCCGUUUGCAAUUGGAAGCAUCAUGUGCCGGAAAACCUUGAACAGGGAGUCAGUCAUUGAAGAAAUCAUACGUGAAGCGCAAGAUGACAUGCGUCCAGGCAUUAAUGAAUCUGCAUUCUUGGAAUCUGUUUCCCAUAUUAUGGAUCGCCGCCUUGAAGGACUUAGUUUUUAACAGAAAGAAGGAUUUGAUGGUCUUUUUUUCUAUGAUCCGGAGAUGAAACUAAAUACCAAGUAUAUUACAUAUGUACACAUGCACGUAUGAGUGUAUGCAUGCACAUAUAUUUGUAUAUAUGUACAUACAUGCACGUACGUUUGCAUAUACAGUAUGGCAGCUAGAACGGCCCCCCUUCUGUUCUGUUUGUAUUUGUCUUUGCAACAGUAGGAAGGUGAGAGGUUGUAAAAGUUCAUAGAGACUUGUUUAAGUUUCUGCCUUCUAUAUAUGCUCUAAGGGAUGCCUUUAAAGAGCAUCAACAGGACUGCCAUUGCAUGUUCUCUUGGAUGGCUGCAAUAUAAUCUAAUAUUCCACACCAUCGGUUGUUAGAUGGUAUUAUAUGAUA